AUGACAUGGCUUCGGAGGAUGGUCAUUCAAAUCAAGGUGGGCGCAGUAAUAAGGAAAUUCGAGCUUUACGUAAGAUUCGGUCCUCCUCGGGGUUGUCCGGAUCCCGAUAGUCUUAGAGCACACAGCACGGACACGAACAAGCGUUCAGUGAAAAUUUUCCGUGGCGAGUCCAUACCCUUCGGGCACUGUGGGGGCAUGGACGUCGAAGACGUCGCGGAAAGCGUCAGGGAACUUGUUAAAAGGGGCGUUUCAGAGGAAAUAAGACAGCUCAUGAUGGGAGGCAGUCAUGCACGCUCAAACAUACAUGCCUCGAUAAUGCUGAUGCCCACUUUCGAGCGCGCAUACAGUGAUAGCUCAAUACCCAACGUAGCAUCGCUCCGCAAGCAAACUCGCAAUAUUUCUGAUCGGAAAGUUGAAACAUACAACAUCCUCUUCACCGCAUCCCCAAUCACGCACGUCAACAAUGUAACAGCACCGGUGCUGAUAUUGAUAGGCGAAGAUGAUCUGAGGGUCGUUCGGGGGUAGGGCUUUUGGUUUUAUCGUGCGAUCAAGGGGAGGGGUGAGUUUCGGAGUGGGAAUGAGAAUGAGACCGGGAAGGGGAAAAAAAAGGACAGUAGAUGUGCUAUCCUUUCCCGGAGAGUCACAUGCAAAUGAUGGAGUUGAAGUUGCGAGGGUUCAUUUGAGGCUACGAAGGAUUGGUUCAAGGCGUUUGAGAAGGUCAGUUAGUCGUGCUUUGGUGUAUACGGGAAAGUGAGAUUUUUUAUAUCCUUGACCGACGACGUCGAUCAUCUAAGUUUGAACAUGGUGCAAUUCGAAAUUCAAUUUAAUUCAUUCCUUUCUCUCGAC